UUCAUUAAUUACAUGUUUAUUGUCCCACUCCACACAAUAUAUAGUAACAACAACCUAAGUCCACUUUCUACAUCACUACAUCAUCAACAAAAAUAAUGAAUUCAAGAAGCAGAACUUGGACAUGGAGUGUGGCAACAAGUGUUGGAGUAGUGGAGGCAUUGACGGAUCAAGGACUAUGGAGGUGGAACAGUGUAUUAAGAUCCGCACAACAACAUGCUAAACAUAAUACUAGAUCUCUUUCUCAAACCAAUAAAUUUUCUUCAUCGUCGCCGACGCCGUCGCCAUCAUCAUCUUCUGUUUCACCCAAAUUGAGGGAUGAGCAGAAAGCCAAGCAAGCAGAGGAGUCAUUGAGAACCGUCAUGUUCUUGAGUUGCUGGGGUCCCAACUAAACAAUAAUAUCAUAUUUUCAAUAGAAUAUCAUUCUAGGAAGUUAAGAAAGGGAAAGAUCCAAACAAGAUUAAUUGACCCAUCAUCCCUUUUGUUGCUUCGGCUGGAUAGAGAUUUGUGUAUAUAUCUAUAAGAUUUAUUAGUAUAUAGGAUGAUGACAAGAGUUGUGAGUUAUGCUAAAUUAAUGGAACCAUUGCUCAAUCAGAACCAACAUCACAUGCUUUACGAAAAAUAGAACACUAAAAACGGUCAUUAAAUUCAUUCACAAAUUUGAUUGUUAAAUUUCGAUUAUAAAAUUUGUCGCAAAAGUUUUGUGACUAGCACUUUUUCAAUCGAAAAGUA